ACAUCACUCAACCCCCUCAGACUGUCAAGGAGACUGUCCACGUCACGGUUACCAUGAAGGAGACGGGCGCCGCCGUCGCCGUUACCCAGACCGUCCACGUUACUCAGCCUCCACAGACAGUUAAGGAGACAGUCAAGGAGACCGUUCACGUCACGCUUCCUCCCCAGACUGUGACGAUGAAGGAGACCGGUGCGCCAGUCGCAGUCACACAAACCGUCCACAUCACGGAGGCGCCCUCCGUGGUCAAGGAGACCGUCCAUGUGACACUGCCGCCACAGACGGUCAAGGAGACGGUCCACGUCACCGUCCCGCCCAUGGUCCACACUGUCGUUGAGACGGUCCACGUUACCGAGACCGCCGCCUGCAGCUCUACCGCGUCGGCGCCGGCCAUGGUCCACACCACGGCCGCUCCCGUCGCCGCGCACCCAAUGAUGCCGCCCCCGGCAGAGACAACAACAACAGCAGCGGCAAUGCAUCCACCCGCCGCCCCUGCGCCGAUGAUGGGCCACCCUGUCCAGCGGAGAUGGCGGGCUUGAGAAAAAUAGUUGUUUGACUCUAGCGCUAGUCCUUUGAAGGGUUGUUCAAGCAUCGGUGGAGGAGCGUAAUGUCGGGUUUGGAGGAGGUUGAGUCUACGGACGUGUGGUCGUUCAGCCGGAGGCGGAGGCUUUUCCUUUGUACGUGUCUGGUUGAACUGUUAAUGGUUUUCUGGAAGUUGGUUUGUCCGUCGAGUUUGUUGAUGUCGAGGAGGGUCAAGAGAGCCUUUGUUGCUGUUAUUGGUGUUGAUGUUGCUGUCAUUGUUGUAGUAGUUGUCAUUAGGACCACGUGAUUUCACGGUGAUCUUAAGAGGGGAAAGGGGAAAGACGAGAAAUAUGAGGAGAGAUAACAAAGACGAUGUACAGAAACCACCCCUUUUUUCUUCUUCUUCUUCUUCUUCUCAAUUACACCCUUUGCUCUAUCCUGACUUUGGCCUGAACCUCCUUCCUCACCGUG